AUGGGUGUAUUGGAAAACAUAGAACCUGGCGAGCUUUACGAUGCGAACUAUGACCCAGAUCUUUUGAGAGUUAGAAAAGAGACUAAAAUUAAGUUGCACGAAUAUAAUAACACCAGCCCUGCUGAGGAAGAUAAAAGAAACCAAAUCAUCAAGGAAUUGUUGGGAAGCUGCACUGACAACUUCAUCAUUGAACCUCCCUUUUACUGUGAUUAUGGUAGUAACAUCCAUAUCGGAGAGAAUUUCUACGCCAAUCACAACCUUAUUAUCCUCGACGGGGCAAAGGUGCACAUUGGUGACAACGUCUUUCUUGCCCCCAACGUUGGAAUCUACACGGCAGGCCACCCAAUCGAUGUGGAAAGACGUCUUCAAGGUCUAGAAUAUGCCAUGCCCGUGACCAUUGGUGACAAUGUAUGGAUCGGCGGUGGGGUCACUGUGAUUCCUGGCGUGACCAUAGGAAAAAACACCGUGAUUGCCGCUGGUAGCGUUGUGAUUCGUGAUAUACCAGAAGGUGUGGUUGCUGCAGGCAAUCCCUGCAAAGUUAUAAGAAAGGUGACUGAAAAGGACAGUUUGACCAAGAACUACAAAAAAUAG